AUGGACGCAUACCCCGAAGACUACGUCAACCACAACCUCCCUCUAAUCCUGCUUUCAGGACUCGAGGCAGGCGUGGAAGAUAAUAAUGGGUCCUCUGUGGAUUAUCCUCUUGCUGAGACGGGACCUAGGAUCUUCUCUGAUUUCCCCCCGCUGAGCGGGGCCGUUGCGGAGGAGCUGCGGAGCGCACUGUUGGAAGAGGAUAGCUCCCAGAAACCCUGGAGAUCAACUGUUGGCCCGAAUGGAACGGCUCCUCUGAUAAGAUACAAGAUCAAGAGUACCGGUCGUUCUUAUCAACUGCCACCGCGAAAAGCAACCCCUCCCCAAAGCUCACCACCUACAAGUCCCACCAGCGACCCAGAUAGCAAUCCUCCAGCUACCAGCACAUCAUAUGUACUUCACUCUCCAAUCUCACCUUUAUCUCCGGGCUCUCCUACCUUCCCGGAUGGACUUCUCACUCCUUUAUGGGUGACAAAACACCAAGAUCUCGUCCCGGCUGCGGUGAUCAACUUUUUCCCUUUCUCCCUCGAUCCGAACAUGAACUCUCUCCGAGAUAAUCAGCUGAAAAUCGAGAUCAAUAGUUUGAAAAAAGAAUGGGCAUCCUCGGGGGUCAAAACAAGGUUUGUGGUGGUUUUGAUCUCGGAGGAGGGCGACGGGGGCUUGACGGGAGAGAUCGAUGACCGUGUGGCGGCAAUUCGACGAUCUACAAAUCUAGACCAGAAGUCAAUCUUUAUCAUCCCGCCAGAUGCCACGUCGUCGGAGCUGAAGGAGUUCGCGACGUCAUUGUUUUCGCUAUUGCAGCCUUCGGUGGUGGAAUACUAUCGAGACUUGUCAAAGCAUGCCCGGCGCAAACGGAACAGAGGCAACAUUCCUCCCCCCACGGCACCACCCACAAGUGGCACAUCUCAGACAUUAUCGUUCCAGGGCUGGAACGUGCGAUAUGAAUUCAAGCUUGGCAUAUUUGCUGAGUUUCGUCAAGAGAUGGAUGCUGCGUGUCGAAAUUAUGAAAGUGCAUAUGAUACAUUGUUUGGACAAGAGGUUUUUGAGAACAUUGCAGGCUGGGAUCCUCGAUUCAACGAUGCACGUCUAUUGGGUGAUGCCCUUGCCAUCCGUAUAAUCCGCUGUCUACUAUGGACAAACCAGACCACUGCAGCAACACGUUUUUGGGUCGAUCACAGACUUCGUACCCAAGACAUUGUCAAUCGGAGGGGCAAAGGGAGUAAGAAUUAUGGAUGGGAGGCCUGGGAAGCACGGUGGUCCAUGGUUAUGGCGCAGCUCAUACGCCGCGCAGAAACUUCCCAAAUAUCACAGGAGACUUCUACAGAGAAAUCAUCGGAGAUGCCCUCAAUCCACAUGGCACCCGAGAAGGCUAUUCCUGCGGGAGAAAUAGUCAGCCCCUGGGAGCAUCUGCACCACGAGGGAUAUUGGUUAUACCGUUCAGCAAAGCACACGAUGCGGCGACGAGCGUUGGCGGAGCGUAUUCCCGACGAGGAUCGGAUGACCCCCGGUCAAUCGCCUGCCUCCCAGAUCGCCAACAAGUCAUAUUUAUAUGAUACAUACCUUGCCCCGGAGACGCAUUUUGAAUCCGCCAAACCAGGACAAACAGGUUUCGAUCAUUCUCAUCUGAUUCUAAGAACACUAGAAGAUGCCCUAGGUGAAUUUUCCAAGCGCGGCCAAGUUCGAAAAGUGGAACAUCUUAGCUUGGAGAUUGCUGAGGAAUAUAUGCGAAAUGGCUCUUGGGCCGAGGCAUACGCUGUUUUGCAACCCCUGUGGCCAAGCCUGACCUGGCGUAAGUCAGGAUGGUGGCACCUGAUGGAAAGCUUUGGAUGGGCAUUGAGAGAGUCUGCCCUUAAGUCACAGGAGUGUGAGAUGGUCCUGCGAGUGGACUGGGAGCUUCUUAAUAAGGUCUUCCCAUCAAGGUCUACUCUGCACUAUGACAUUCAUAAGAGCCUCGAGGAUGUUUCAGUUGAGAAGCCUAAACCAUCUGUUGUUCUCCGGGCAGAGGAUGUCAUGACUAGCUUGACUGCAUCUCUAGUCUUCGAAAAGUCCGAAGGCAAUGUUGGUGAGCCUCUUCAGGCUCAACUCCUGAUCACAUCCUGUGCCCAGCAAUCGUCAUCUCCCAUCAAGCUUUCAGAAGUGAAGCUUGUGUUUGAAGGAUGCCUUCGCCCUGUCAAGCUUCAGUCCAACCAAAAUAAAGACUCCGACACUACCGCCCCGUCCUGCAUCUCAUCGAUAUCUCUGCGGGAACCCAGUACCCAAGACGACUCGACUCUCCAAUCCCCAACCGGUGUUUUGUCCACUCUGGUUGGAGUCGCUGAUUUGACAAUUGGUCCUUCUCAAACUAAAGUGUUCAACCUCACAUGUAUUCCUCGUGAAGCUGGAGAGGCCCAGGUUGCUUCGAUAGCGAUGCUUGUUGAAGAGGAAAAGUUUGAUCUCACCUAUGUGAUUACAGAGCACAAUACCCGGGAGUCUUACUGGUGGCAACAAACCAAGAAGGGUGCAUCUCGCAGAAGAAUUGGAAAAGACCGCGAUGUUGGGAAAUGCAAGAUCAUGCCCAAACCGCCCAAGAUCCGUAUCUCUACUCCGAACCUCAAGAACACAUACUAUACCCAUGAACGAGUGCCGCUGCGCAUCAGCAUUCAUAACGAAGAGGAUGAAGCGGCUGAUGUUUCAGCCGAGAUCAGGCUAUUUGGACCCGCGGACUCCACUACGAAGCUAAAAUGGCUCGAUGAGGAUCAAGUAUCCGAACCUGAAGAAUCAGGAACGAGUUCUCCAACUGAGGGCCCAUCUCACUUCCUCAAACGGAAUAUUGGACCGAUGGAACGUGCUUCGGACAAAGAUCUUAUCGUUGUCUUGGACGACACCCAAGAGGCUGCAAAACACACACUCGAGAUCUCUGCGGUUUACCAUCUCGUCUCCGAUGUACAAACACCAAUAAUGAAAACGAUCACCGUGGAAUUAUCGUUCAUCCGGCCAUUUGAGGCCAACUACGAUUUCUUACCUCACAUCCACUCCCGACCUUGGCCGAACUUCUUCUCGGUCAAUGAUGAGUUAAUUGGUGACGACGCCAGGACAACACCAGGUGGCUUGUUGCAGAGGUGGUGCCUCAAUUCUAAAUUGGUGUCAUUUGCCCUUGAGCCCCUCGUCAUUGAUCAGAUCUCCCUGAAGCUUCUGACCUUGAGCGGUGGUGCUGUUUGCAAUGUCGAGUCUGAGACGCUAGUCAGCCCAGAAACUCCACAGAUUGCAGCGGAGGAGCUGCGCGAGUCCAAUUUCUUCCUUGACAUACAGAAACUCACACUGGGUGACCGUCGACCGUCCGCACUCAACUUUGCAUUAGAAAUUGUCUGGCACCGUGCAUCCACUGACCCAGAGAAUGAAGGCGACACUACAAUGACUAUUCUUGAAGUCCCUCGCUUUGUGGUCCCUAUGGGCGAGCCUCGAGUGCUUGCCUCAGCAACCCCUUCCAGUGCUCUGUCCGGUCUCAUACACCUAGAGUAUACCGUUGAGAACCCAUCCACCCACUUUCUCACUUUCAACUUGAUGAUGGAAGCCAGUGAACACUUCGCCUUCAGUGGUCCCAAGACGAUGGUGAUCCAGCUGGUCCCACUAAGCCGGCAUACUGUCCGGUACAAUAUUCUGGCCGCGAAGCGUGGGCUCUGGAUUCAGCCCCAGCUGGUAAUCGUGGAUACCUACUUCAACAAGACCCUUCGUGUCCUUCCCACAGGCGAGAUGCGCUCAGACAAGAAAGGGCCCUUAGUGUGGGUUGACGCAGAGGACUAG